GGUACAUUUAAUGAUCAGAAGCAGCAGAUGGCCUGUAUGACCGAAUGGGGAAAGCUAAAAUAAUGUGACUUUUAUGUGAGUUGUGUGGUGAUCUCAUGUCACUGAGACUUCCUUCUUCUUCUUCUUCAUAGGGGACCGCUGAGAGAUAAGGCCCAUUUAGACACUGUGAAGCCACGGGGUGUCGUGAUGUCGGAGCCCAAGGCACCCACCCCAGCCCCGGGGGACACCUAUAAAGGCUGGCUCUUCAAAUGGACUAAUUAUAUCAAGGGAUACCAAAGGCGAUGGUUUGUCCUGAGCAAUGGCUUGCUGUCUUAUUACAGGACCCAGGCGGAGAUGGGUCACACAUGUCGGGGCACCAUAAACCUGGCCACGGCCAAUAUCACGGUAGAGGACUCGUGCAACUUUGUUAUUUCUAAUGGUGGCGCGCAGACGUAUCACCUGAAGGCAAGCUCAGAGGUGGAGCGGCAGAGGUGGAUAACGGCACUGGAGCUGGCCAAAGCCAAAGCUGUCCGCAUGCAGGAUCUAUCUGAUGACUCUGGGGACGAGUGCCCGACCACACCUACUUCAGCAGGGCAGGGUGGAGGCAACUCGCGCAACUCAGAGGUGCAGUCCACCCUCCGCACUCUUGGCAGCAAGGUGGAGGAUCUCAGCACCUGCAACGACCUCAUCGCCAAACACGGCUCUGCACUUCAACGGUCUUUGUCUGAGCUCGAGGGUGUUCGGCUGGGAGGAGAAACAAGUGAAAAGAUUCGGCAGGUGACGGAAAGAGCCACACUCUUCCGUAUCACUUCCAACGCCAUGAUCAACGCGUGCCGGGACUUCCUGGCAUUGGCUCAAGCUCACAGUAAGCGCUGGCAGAAAGCCCUGCAGGCAGAGAGAGAGCAGAGAGUACGAUUAGAGGAGACACUGGAGCAGCUUGCCAAACAACACAAUCAUCUGGAGAGAGCCUUCAGAGGAGCCACUGUUCUGCCUCCUUCCCAGAGCAACCCUGCCAUAGACAACAAAGGUUCAGCUCCAGGAAAGGGCGACGCCAGCGAUGAAGAUGACGAGAAUGAAUUCUUCGACGCGUGCGAGGACGUUCAAGAGUUUAUCACUGUUCCAGCAGACCCCAAAUAUCACAGGAGAUCCGGCAGCAAUGUCAGUGGAAUCAGUAGCGAGCUGGGAAUGGAUGACGGGACGACAUCGCUAGAUGAGCAGUCUCUGGCAUCCAAUCCCGAGUCUCCUCAGUCCCAGGAGGUGGUGCCUGUGAGAAAGAGGCGGAGCCGCAUUCCAGAUAAACCAAAUUACUCGCUCAAUCUAUGGAGCAUCAUGAAGAACUGUAUUGGAAAAGAGCUCUCCAAAAUACCAAUGCCUGUGAACUUCAACGAGCCCUUGUCCAUGCUGCAGCGUCUCUCAGAGGAUCUCGAGUACUCCGAACUGCUGGACCGGGCCGCUAAGUGCAAGAGUUCUCUGGAGCAGAUGUGUUAUGUGGCAGCUUUCACUGUGUCCUCUUACUCCACUACAGUUCACCGCACCGGCAAACCCUUCAACCCUCUGCUGGGAGAGACGUUUGAGCUGGACCGUGUCCAAGAGAGCGGGUACAGGUCCCUUUGUGAGCAGGUGAGUCAUCACCCUCCGGCUGCAGCACAUCACGCAAUCUCCCAGCGAGGCUGGACCCUGAGACAGGAGAUUGCCCUGGCCAGCAAGUUCAGGGGCAAAUACCUCUCCAUUAUGCCCCUGGGUUCUAUUCAUUGUAUGUUUGAGAAGAGUAACAAUCACUACACCUGGAAGAAAGUCACCACCACAGUGCACAAUAUCAUUGUCGGGAAACUGUGGAUCGAUCAGUCAGGAGAAAUAGACGUUGUGAACCACAAAACAGGAGACCGUUGUCACCUCAAAUUCGCCCCGUACAGUUACUUCUCCAGAGAUGUGGCGAGGAAGGUCACGGGGGUGGUGACGGAUAAAGAUGGCAAAGCGCACUACGUUCUCUCUGGAACGUGGGACGAGAAGAUGGAGUGCUCUCGUGUGAUGCAGAGCAGUAGAGGGGGAGAGAACGGCGCCGAAGGACGACAGAAAACCGUCUAUCAGACGCUCAAAGCCAAAGAGCUGUGGAGGAAAACUCCACUGCCAGAUGGAGCUGAGAAUAUGUACUACUUCUCGACCCUGGCGUUGACGUUGAACGAGCAAGAGGAUGGCGUGGCUCCCACAGACAGCAGGAGGCGGCCCGACCAGCGUCUCAUGGAGCAGGGCCGCUGGGAGGAGGCCAACGCAGAGAAGCAGAGACUGGAGGAGAAACAGCGCACCACCCGGCGAGAGAGGGAGCGAGAGGCCGCCCGCACCUCCAACCCUUCAGAGGAGGCUCUCAUUGAGGACUCCAUAUCUGACUCUCCUCUAAAAACUGAAGAAGUCGAGAUUGCCAGUGAGCCUUCUGAGACUACUUACAAAACUGACACAGAUGAAACCUUCUCUGAUCUCUCGCUCUCAACUGAAACACUGCACGGCUCACACCCACCUGCAUACUCAAGUACUCACCAGGACAACUACCAGGCGAUGUGGUUCGAGCGGCAUGUCGACCCGGUGACCGGAGAGCCCACACACAUCUACAAAGGGGGAUACUGGGAGACAAAGGAGCAGGGCAACUGGGACUGCAGCCCGGAUAUCUUCUGAUCUGAAUCAUGCACACAUCCCGCUUCGCCAGUAGGGUGCACUAAACCACCAGAUGCCCCACCGCAACCCCUCCUAGAAAAACAAAACAUAUAGAAGCUAAGUCAGCUGCCCACUACUCUUUUCUGUACCGUAGUAUCAAGAUGAACUUAAACGCAUCAUUCUCUCUCGACACCACCAUUACUCUUCUCUGACAUUGAGUGACUCCAAGAUGGUUCGAGAAGAUUCUCUUAUCUCCAUCAGCUCUUUCUAUUAAGGCCUAUAGGGUUCAUGGGUCAGUACGUGCUAGCACUUGUACAACAUAUUCUUCACCCCACCGAUCAGCCCCGUCUGAAUCCUGCACUCCGUGCAUCUUCUGCAGGCUGUGGACAAGACCUUCAAACAUCAGGGAGUGGGGUGAUUUUGCAAAUGAAGGGAUAUGGAGGCAUGUUUGCUUGUGUGUGUGUGUGUGAGUUACAGAAUGUGUGAGGGACUUUAGAGAAGCGCUGUAGUGUUCUUUACGUCGAUGCGUGUGUGAGAGCUGUAUAGCAGUUUCAGCAGGGUGUUUGUCCACCUUUUUUUCGUCCGAUUUUGAAGGGAUAGUUCGCCCAAAAAAGAAAAUUCUGACUUUAUUUUGUCUAUAUGCUGUAACACAAAAGGAGAGUUUUUGAGGAAUCUUUACCAAACGCUUUCCAUACAAUGACAGUUGAUCGUGACCAUAGCUUUCAAGUUGUUAAAAAGACAAAAACACAUUAAAGUACUCCGGUGCUAUAUUCCAAGUCUUCUGAAGCCGUACGGUAGCUUUGUGUGAGGAACAGAAAGUCAUUAUUCAGUGAAAAGCAUCCCUUAAAUGUCAUUUUUCAUCCCACAUAGUCAUGCUGGCGCAUCUCAUUAUGUUACAAAAAAAGUGUCAAAACAUGGCGUAACGUAUUGACAUGCCAUUUUUGAACCUGAACGCAAAUUAAUUUACAGAACUUCGGGAAAAGGGAAAUUUUUAUGUGAAAAACAACUUACAUUUUGGUCCAUUCAUCACACAAGGCUAAUGUAUGGCUUCAGAAGACUUGAAAUAUAGCUUAUUAGUCAUAUGGACUUUUAUGAUGCUUUAAUGGUACUUCUGUCUUUUUGGGAGUCACUGAGUGUAAAAUAGCUGGAUAAAGAUUUUUCAAAACUAACAUUUUUUUGCAGAACACAGCUUUGAAACGACAUGAUGGUGAGUAAAUAAUGUCAAAUUUUCUUUUUCAACAAACUAUCCCUUUAAUUGCAGUUACAUCUGGAUAGUCCUCUCCGUCCCGACAGCGUCUCAAUGUCACCCUGAUCUCUUGCUAACAGCGGCUAAAAACACUCAAAAUGAUUAACUCCGGUCCACCUCUUUGUCCUCCAGACCAGCAUAUCUCACUCACCCAGGACUCACAAGGGAUCAAAUCACUCUUUUUAGAGGAGCCACGUAAAAACAGGCGCCAAUGUAGCAAGAGACAAAAUUAUUAAUGAUUAUUGGCUUAAUGGAGACCAUUGGUAAGGAAUCUAUGGAAACUUGAGGCGUGUGUGUGUGUGUGUGUGUGUGUGUGUGUGUGUGUGUGUGUGUGUGUGUGUGUGUGUGUGUGUGUGUGUGUGUGUGUGUGUGUGUGUGUGUGUGUGUGUGUGUGUGUGUGUGUGUGUGUGUGUGUGCUCAUGAGUGAUGUAUUUGAGGUUUGUUGUAUAUUCCAGUGAAACUAAAAAUCUAAAAUUUUAUUUUCAAGUGUACUUAAAACACAUGUGUGGGGAAAAAACAAUACAGCAAUGCAAAAUCAUUGCAAAUGUUUAUGUGUGUGUGUGUGUGUGUGUAUAUAUAUAUAUCAAAUAAUGAAGGGAAAAUAUUCAUACUAUUAAUGACAAUUCUUAUGCUGACAGCUAGAGUUAUAAUUAUGAUGGUAAUUUUGAAGUCUUUAUUUUUUUUUCUUUCCAUGGUGUAUGCUUAUACACAUACACACACCAAUCAGCCACAACAUUAAAACCACCUGCCUAAUGUUGUGCAGG